GAAAUGGAAACUUUAUGUGUGAUUCUUCUGCUCUUAAGUAAAACUUUAAUAGUCAACGCGCAAUUCAAUGGAUUUAAUUGUGACUCUAACUUUCACAGUCGCUUUCCCGCUGAGCGGGACAUCAGCGUAUACUGUGGAGUGCAAACCAUAACACUGAAGAUUAACUUUUGCCCUGUGCUUUUCUCUGGCUACAUCGACACUGAUCUGGCACUGAAUGGUCGUCACGGUGAUGCCCACUGUCGAGGGUUCAUUAACAACAAUACUUUCCCCACAGUCGUGCUGUUCAGCAUCAGUCUUAACACGCUCGAGGCCUGUGGAAACUCACUAUUGGUCUCUACAGCACAGGGGCCCAAUGCCUAUGGAAACAUCUCAAGAGUCCAGAUUGGAAGCAUAUCGGGGUACAUCGACACUCCGGAUCCCCCAACAGUCAUCAGUUACCUGCCGGGACUGCUUUACAAGUUCAGCUGUAGUUACCCUCUGGAAUACCUGGUGAACAACACGCAGCUCGCUUCGUCGGCCGCAGCUAUAUCGGUGAAGGACAGCAACGGUACUUUCAUCAGCACCUUGAAUUUACUCCUGUACAACGACUCCUCAUACAUCCAGCAUCUCGCCAUUCCCAUGGCUGGACUUACUCUGAAGACACGCGUGUUUGCUGCUGUAAAAGCCUCUAACCUAGACAGGAGGUGGAAUGUUCUGAUGGACUACUGUUACACGACGCCCUCCGGGAAUCCUAAUGAUGUUCUACGUUAUGACCUUUUCUUUGGAUGUGAUAAAGACCCGCAAACAACGGUAUUUGAGAACGGAAAGAGCCAGAUGGGGCGGUUCUCCUUUGAGGUGUUCCGCUUUGUCAAGCACAAGAACCAGAAGAUGUCCACCGUCUUUCUUCACUGUGUGACCAAGCUUUGCCGAGCCGAUGACUGCCCCAUGCUUCUGCCUAUCUGUGGGAAAAGGAAGAAAAGGGAUGUAUCGGAAAGAACGGGAGCGGCCUCAGACAAUGCAGUCAUAACUGCAGGACCCAUCAUCACCAGAAGUGACGACACUCCCACCAAUAAUUCCCAGCUAGGACAGUCAAGUGAGCCUCCAUUCAAAAUGAAUUCAGUGACGAGUGCUUUGAUUUCCACCAUCGCAAUCCUUGGCGUUAUGAGCAUGUGCUUCUUUAUCUUGUCUAUAAAGUUACUGAAGGGGAAACAAACGCCACCGACUCUGUCAGUAGCCCACAACCCAGCAUUCAGCUAAAGGCACACACACAACUGAACAAUACAACAAUACCUAUUACCUGUAGCUCUGUGCCUACAGUACACAAUCAUGAAAUACAGGGAAAUAAUUUAGUUUUAGAUUUCACAUCCUUUAGCAUACAGUACAUAAAAUAGCCUGAUUGCCCAACAGGAUGACCAACAUUAAUACGGCUAUUAUUUUCACUGUAACUAUACAAUGGCACCACAAUUUUUCUAAUCUAAAAAAGCAUACAUUUUUAAACACUAAAUAAAAUAAAGCUUAAUCAUUUUAUCACACUUUAUGUAAUUGCACAUGUAGAUUAAAGCUGCAAACUGUUAUUUUUGCAUAUCCAUCGCCAUCUCAGUUUUAAAAAUACAAUUGCAGUUUACAUACUUAUCUUGACAUGGGCUAAAGUCAAUAGAAAAAAACAUUAUUUUAAGUAUAAUUUUGCAAGUCAGGGUAAGGUAAGAGGACAUUUUCUUUUUGUUAAUUUUUUGCCGAUUUUUGUUUAUGUUAAAGGAGUGACAUGACACUGCUGAAAAAAUAUUAUGGUUUGUUUUAGAUGUAAUGCAAUGUGCAUAAAUGAUUUAAGGUUCAAAAACGCUGUAUUUUCCUCAUACCGUGCAUGUUUGUAUCUCCUCCAGCCUCUCUGAAACGCUUGGAUUUUUUACAAAGCUCAUCGCUCUGAAAAGCGUGGUGUGCUAUGAUUGGCCAGUUAACUAGUGCGUAGUGAUUGGUCGAAUACUGCAAACGUGUGACUGAAAUUUAACACCACUUACCAUAUUUGGAAAAUUUUUUGGGGGAGUAAUUGUAAUGAUAUGUACGCCCACCUCACUUGCGAAUACAUUUGGCGGUUUUAGUGAAAUCAUACCACGAACUGACAUAGAUUUGUGGGGGUGUGGCUACAUGAGGAGUUUCAGGCAGGUCUGAAAGAGCAUUCGCUUUUAGAAUGUGUCUUUUGUUCCGACAUUUUUGCAAUUUUACGUGUCUAAUGCAUGCACGGGCAACUUAUAACACACCAAAGACACAGAAAAACACGUAUUCGCACCAUAUGACCCCUUUAACCAAAAAAUGUAUGCAUUGCAGCUUUAUUGAUCAACAGCCCUGCGAAAUGUUUAAUACGUGUAUUUUAAAGCAAAAAGAUCCAAAUCUGUGGGUGCAUUUACAGUAAGUUACAGUCAUACCUCAACCCUUAACCGUAUUAUUGCAGGGUUUAAGAUCGGUUACACGAGGAAAACAAGCAGAGGUAUCUUAUACAUCAGUCUAGCACAUAUUUCUAGUUCAGUGAGAUUAUUAAAGGCAACAGGAUAGAAUGUGAAGAGUCUAUUCAUCAGAAUGACACAAAGGAUCACGGGACACUGUAUGACUCUCUGCAAUAAUUAGUUUGAGUUACAAGAGAGAGAGACACCAUAGGGAACGAAUCUAAUUAAAUCGAACAGCAACCUAGAUGCAGUAUGCUAUUUGAUUGUGCUGAAUGAGAACUAUUUAAGAUAUUUUUAGUUUGAAUUAAUUUGCGUUUGUUUUUACUCCUUAGUAUUCACAUGUCUCUGUGAUACCAGUUCAAUGUUAAUAAGUAUUAGCAGUUAGUUUGACGUAUUCGUAUAUUUGCUUUUAAAGAUUCUUUUUUUAUUUGUAUUAAAGAUCAAAUAUUUCAAUUGAAAUCAUGACACCAUAAUUAAACGUAACAGCUUCUGUGUAUUAUCCCCAAAACACACAUUAUUGUUCCAUUGUAUUAUUGGGUAGUGAUUUUAUUCAUUUUUAACA